ACAAUGUGAUGCUGGAAGUGGCAGGGGCAGUAAUCUUUAUUUCGUCAUUUCUGAAACAUAGGAGAGGUAACGGAAGCAAGUGAAAUGCUCAAUCUUAGACGAUUGCGUCGUAUGACCGGACUUUUUCUUGAAAGGGGAUGACAGCAUGGGAGGAAUUAGCUCCACAUCUAAACCCUACACUGAAAAACAUGGCCCUUUCUCCACAGCAGCCCCAACAACUAGCCCUGCACCGUGUCUCUCUAACCACCACAACAAAAACCAUUUAAUCCUUGCCUUUUUUGCUGGGGUUCUACUGACACUGCUGCUGAUAGCCUUUAUCUUCCUCAUCAUAAAGAGCUACAGAAAAUGUCACUCCAAGCCCCGGGUCCCGGAUCCUCACUCAGAUCCUCCGGCCAAGCUUUCAUCCAUCCCAGGAGAAUCACUUACCCAUGCCAGCAUGACUUUCAAACUCUCAGAAGAUAAGAGCAAUCACUUGGCCGAGAACCGUUCUGCAGACUUUGACCCCAUUGUCUAUGCUCAAAUUAAAGUGACAAACUAACCUGGCUUUUCCAACGAGGCUUGAAUCCAUUUCCUCUCAUCUCGGCCCCAUCUUCACAUAUCACUUUCCCUUUUUUACAAAUUUUGGAUCACCACCUGUGUGAAACUGCAGUCAGAGUUGUUUAGGUGUGAUCUGGCAAUGCUAUCCAGCAGCUUUGGAGACCAAUGGUCAGUCUUUUCCUGGCCAGAGCAAAGAUUGAAGGCCCUCCCACUUGAACUGACAGCCUGUGAGCCCCUUGGGGGCAUAGACUGCCUUCCUUGGACCCUUCCAAAGUGUGUGGUACGGAGGUCAGUGCACAGAAUAUUCACCCAGCAUCAUGAAUCAACUUGGGAGGAGUCAACCAAAUGAACAGUCUACCAAGAAUUUCAAAUAAAGUCAAAACCCCCACA